AUGUACGGUAACUAAUCCUCGCAGAUUUGCAAUUUAAUGGAAAAUAUUGAAUUAAUGAUCACACUCGAGUUAAAAUUUGAAUAAUAUUAAAGCAUCUUGCCCCAGAUAGUUUUUUCCAACUAAUUGACAUAAUAAUAAUAAUCUUGGAAUAACAUUAGCUGGAUAAUAAACAUUUCGCUGUGCGUUCUAUUUUAUCUUAAUAUAUUAUUUCGAACUUUUAAUCUGUCUCUAUUAUCUCUUCGCGACUGAGCAGUCUCGCAUAACGAUCCGUCUGAUAUACCGAGAACAUCUCCAUGACAAUCGAUGCGUCUCAAUUAUUACGGGGCGAUGCAUGAGAGAGGCGCGCACGUGACCGUAGGCGCGGCGGCGGCGGAGGUACGAAGAUGCCUCGCCGUGCCUUUUCCAUUCCGUCGAGGUAGGCACGGUCGAAGUAUCGUAUAUACCGUUCCUCCUCGUGGGCAUUCCAAGCGGGAAUUCUCGAAAGCCGAGCCAGUUGUGUUGUAGAAACCGCGGCGCGGCUCGCCACUCGCCGGUACUUUCGACCGGUCGUAAAGCCGACGUUUCGCGCUCGUGCUGCUUUCAGUAAUACGGAAUUUCGUCCCGAAAGCGGACGCGACCGUGUCGCGAACUAUUGGCAACCCACCCGGAAGACCGACGACCCAUCGAUAAAAUUCUGAUCCGCCACGCGAGUCACAAUGGAUGUUGAGACCGGGGCCAUUCUGGCCCUGCAGAUAUUGGCUCUGUGCUCGAUAGUGGCGGCCCUGCUGGCCUAUCUGAUGCGACAAUCCAGGAAUGCCGCCGACGAGUACGAGUCGCGUAACAAACGUCAUGUACUCGUUACCAGCUGUGAUACAUGCGUGGGCUUGCAGAUCGCCCUUGCACUCUACGAAGCCGGUUACAAGGUGUUCGCGGGCCUGUUGGAUCCGGCGGGCGGCUCGCCGUCGGUGAAAAUCCUGAAGGCGGUCGAGCUGGAACGGCGGAAAGAGAGCGAGCCUGGCGAUGCGAGCGACGGUAAUCCGCAGCAGCCGGAAGGAGCGCGUGCCCGCGGCCAAAUCGUGCCAUUGGAGCUGGACCCGACGAGGGAGGACAGUUUGCGCGCCUGUUUGGACGCCGUCAGGGCGAAACUUCCUGCCGGCGAAGACGGUCUCUGGGCAGUCGUGCAUACCGGCGGCUUGGUUUUGCCCGGCGUUAUAGAGAAGCAGACCAGUUCGAUGUGGGAAUCCAUGUUGCGUCAUAAUUUGGUAGCCCCGCUGAGAACAGCCCGAGUAUUCAUCCCUCUUUUGCGUAUUAAAAGAGGCCGCAUUGUCCUUUUGGGUGACUCCGAGACGAGCUACGGCAGCAAAGCGGGCUCCGGACUGGUGGCGUUCAGCGCCUCCCGAAAAGCCGUGGAAGGUGCCGCCGAGGCGUUAAAAAGCGAAUUACAUUCCUCGGGUGUCGACGUCGUGCUUUUGAAACCACCGCCUGUGAAUCCCCUCGUUCUUUAUGCAUCGCCCGUUCUCAAGACAAUGGACGUGGAGUCGGGCGUAACGGCCGCGGAAGGGACGUGGACCGCGCCAUUAUCGAUUCAUUCUGUGCAGAACGCGCUCAUUCCCGCGAUCACAACGUCAUGCCCCCUGGACGCUUACGACAUGUCAGUCAAGCCAAGGAUCUUCUGCCGAUAAUUUCAUCUCUGGUUCGCGCGUGAAUGGAUAAAAAUGUGCAAGAUGUAGCGCCGUUCGCGUGCGAGCUCCUCGAGCCGAUGCGACACGUGGUAAACGGGGACAAUGGAACACGGGAGAUAUGGUGUACGCGUAUUGCGACGUCACUUACGUUGACAUGUCAUCCGGUACGCCCUAAGGCGUCAUAAUCGGGAUUCUUUUCUACGCGGCUUCGCGGCAGGCAGUGCUUUCUGCGUGAACGAAUGUUGUCAUCCUUCCAUGCGCUUGUCCCCGAGUGAUAUCGGCUUUGAAUUCUCUCGCUUUUAUUCCUUAUUUUCCGUCUACUCUUUGUUAUAAUAUUUUCCUGCAACAUCUCAUAUCGUUUAGAUGAGAUGUUUAGUAGAACAGCCAGUAAUCUUCAUUAACCCAUGUCGCAGGUUAGUACUUGGAAAGUGUCGUGUAUCCUAUCCUUUCUCCAGUUUAAUGCGACUUAUGCAUGUACAAACGACAUCGGUUCAAUAAGCAGCCGUCAUCUCAUAUAUUUUGAAACUAUUUUGAUAGUUUUUUCUUUUUUUUUAUGACGAUGUAUUUGAUGGUGUUGCAAUUUUACGAAAAUCGUCUAUAAGAGAAUAAAAUGGAAAAUGUUAUCACGCAUAGAGAAAGAGCUUUGAUGGAGAUGUAUGUAAAAUCGGAAAUUUUAUUCCUUUAUCAAUGUAUAAAUAUGUAAGAUCUAAAUGAUCUAAAUGUGAAGAUCUAUAAUAUAUACAGUUACAAAUAUGUCUGUACAAUACUUUAUGAAAGUCGCUUUUGUAUAUAAAACAUAAAUGCAAUGCGAUAUUUUUGCAAAUGAAUUAAUUUCUAUGGAAGUAGUAGUUUUAAUAAGAAUUAUUAUAUGUACUAUAUGUACGUAAUAUAUGUACGAGAAACUGUUUUAUUGAAUUGUAUUAAAAAAUAAUGUGUAUACAAUACGUUCUCCGCGAUUGCAUGUAACACCGACAGAUUUUUAUGUACAUAUUUUAUCGAGAUAGGAAGAAUAUAUACGAAAUAAUAUAGAAUAAUUUUAUAAUAAUAUUCUAUUCUCCUAAAAAAUUUAUUUAAUUUGUAAUUCUAUUCUCCUCAUAAAUUUAUUUAAUUGUCUGUUGGUAAUGGGAAUAUUUAAGAUAUGAUUGUAACCAAAGCGCUCGUGUUACUUCUAGUAUAAAAAUAAUCAUUUUUACAUGGCGAUUUUAAGUUAUUUCCUACAUAAAACCUGUUGAUUUUUACAAGAAAAUUGUAUAACUGGCAAACGCGAAUUACUGUUUAAUUAUUCAUUAUAUUUCGUUAAACGCUAGUUAUUAACAGUUUUCAAAUUGAAGACUCAACGAGACGAAAGCGAUGUGUACAGUUUAUCGUAGAACCUCCUGAUUGUAUCCCGACUGUAUAUGCAUUUUGUACGAAUAAUAUUAUGUUUUUGUAA